AUGAACCCUUUUACUACUCUGCCUGAAGACAAUCUGAAAAAUUAUCUAUUUAUUUAUUGUGGCCCAGAGUCAUGCUCAGUCACAGAAUAUCUCGAAAAUUCAUGAGUGUUUUAUAUUAAAGAAGACGUUGAUGAGUUUUUGGAAGACAUCAAGCGUAUCAGAGCUGAUAAAAAUCGACCAAUUGUUCUCUACGAUAUAGGAGACGACAAAAGUGCAACACAGGUAUUUUGGUCACUUAAAGCAGCAGGCUUUGAAAAGGUAAAAGUCCUUAUUGGAGGCUCCGAAACCUUAAAAAACUGUGAAAUUGAAUUUGUCAGCGGCGAUCCACCUCAAAUAAAAUUAGCAGAAUCUCCCCAAUUUGACUUAAACUACAACCUAAUCUGUACUGCUCAAGAAUUUAUAAAGAAAAACACAACCAAUUGUCAGCUUUUGAACGCAAAUAUCAUCGCAUUUGAUUAUCACAAUCCGCAAGGCGAAUUAAUUCCGAAAAACCAGCUACUGAACAUUUUUGAAUUUAACGGGAUAAAAUUUGAGAAAAACAAAGAUAUCAUUGCCUAUGGAUAUCAAGCGCCUUUACUGGGUGCUCUGCUCCUCUAUUUAGGUGAAACUAAAGUUUCAGUCAUACUUGACACAAGUAGAUCAUCCACAACAAUUCGCCGAUCAUUUGCAAUGACCAACAAAUCAAACUUUUACUCUGUCGCACAGACAGAAUACUUUGACGCAGAAGACCAGAAUAUUGACAUAUUAUCCACAACGGACCCAAGUGAGCAGCAUUACAUGAUCCCAAGAAUGACUCAAAAGCAGUCUAAAGACCCUGAAGGCCACCGAGACUCGACAUCAUGCUCUUCUUGUAGCUUAUUAUAG